UACUCGUGAAUUGUUUGAAUAAGUUAUGCACAACAUUCAAGAUUAAUAAGCAGCUAGAGUCAACUUGAUAUUACGCCUGAUAAUUUCCGUAAACGGUAACUAUCCACAAAAAAUUGCGCGAUCUACAUGAGAUCAAGUUUUACUCAAGACUACUCAUAACUUUUAUAACUCUUAGAAUCUGCACCUUGAAGAUCUGAAGCAUUGGAACAUAGAUAUAUAGGGAUGAGUGCAUCCGGCAGUGAUUCCGGUGGGGAAGAAUUUUAUGGGUUGACGCAAGACAUGUUUUUACUGGCGGGCAACCCCAAUCCCGUGGGGCUGCCCUACCUCAGGCAGGUCCUGUCCUCGGGACAGGACGCGGAAGACAGACUUUCUCUGCUGGGGUCCAUCGAAAUGUCGGGGGGCUACUCCGACGAGGGGUCAGAAAGCGAGCUACUGCCUUCAGCAGCGCCGGGGUACGGAGCCACCUCCCCGGCGCGGCCCGGGGUGACGCUCGUGUGGCGCGAGUUGUGUGCUACGCUCACGCACAAACAGUCGUUCUAUAAGCGACACUUCACCUCCGAAAGGCCUAGGAUAACUAAAGUCCUCAAUAAUGUUUCUGGAGCAGUGGUGGGUGGAAGUCUGCUGGCUCUUAUGGGAUCAAGCGGAGCGGGCAAAACCACGCUUAUGAACGCGCUUGCGCACCGCACGAGCCGCAGCCUCCACUUGUGCGGCCAGAUCCUCUUGAACGGCAGACCGGCCGGCGCUAGCAUGGCCAGGCUCGCGGGCUACGUUCACCAGCAUGACCUGUUCGUGGGUUCACUCACCGUCAAGGAACAUCUCAUGUUCAUGGCAAGGUUGCGGAUGGACAAAUCGUCGACCAGAGCGGACAGAGUUGGCCGAGUGACAGAGCUCAUGAGGGAGCUGGGGCUCUACAAGUGCCGGCAUACCAGGAUCGGGGUCCCCAAUGAAGACAAAUCCCUGUCAGGAGGAGAGAGGAAGCGUCUGGCUUUCGCAACCGAGAUCAUGACAGACCCUCCGCUCCUGUUUUGCGACGAACCGACUACGGGCUUGGACGCCUACAACGCGCGUAAGCUGGUGCGCAUGAUGAGGGAGAUGGCGGCGAGGGGCAAGGCUAUAGUAUGCACUAUACACCAGCCCUCGUCAGACGUGUUCGCCAUGUUCGACCGCGUCCUGCUGCUCGCUGAGGGGAGACUUGCCUAUUGCGGCACCACUGCAGGGGCCCUCACUUUCCUUGACGGUUUGGGCCACAAGUGUCCAGCUACUUUCAACCCAGCCGACUUCUUCAUCCACACGCUCGCGAUGCUACCGAACCACGAGAACAGCUCCAGAGCUCAGAUACGAAGGAUUGCUGACAACUUCGCCGUGUCGGAACAUGCCAAAGAAAUCGAACGAAUCAUUUCGGAACAAGAAAGCCUUCAAUUCUCUCAGCAAGGAACUGAGGAAACUGAUGAGGUCCUUGACGGUAUUCCCCAGAAGCCAGGGUGGGGAGUGCAGUUAAUGCUAUUGACGUGGCGAGCCUUCGUGGACUCCUACAGGAAUCCCGCAAUCCACACUCUCAGGAUCCUGCAGAAACUUCUCAUAGCUAUCGUCAUCGGAGUGUGUUAUUCCAACAUCCGGUUGGACCAGGCUGGGAUUCAGAACGUUCAGGGUGUUCUCUUCACCUUCAUCACAGAGAACACUUUUCCUUCCCUCUACGGAGUUCUCAACAUCUUCCCACAGGAGCUGCCGCUGUUCCUCAGGGAGCACAAGAACGGUAUAUAUCGCUGCGACGUGUACUACGUCGCCAAGAUGAUCUCGCUGAUCCCAGGUUUCAUCGUCGACCCCGUAGUGUUCUGCUCCGUCUGCUACUGGAUGGUAGGCCUUCGUAGGCCAGCCUACAGCUUCCUCAUGACGGUCCUCACCAUAAUCUUCACUGCAAAUGUCGCCUCAGCCUGCGGAGCGAUGUUCUCUGCGAUGUUCGAGAGCAUCCCGUGCAUUAUGCUGGUGCUCAUCCCGUUUGAUGUUGUGCUCCUAAUAUCGGGAGGACUUUUCAUCAAUCUGAGGACAAUGUCUCCAUACAUCAGUUGGGUGAAGUACCUCUCCUGGUUCAUGUACAGCAACGAAGCACUGACAGUGACGCAGUGGAACGGUGUCACCAACAUCACAUGUGACGCGUCCGCAAAUUUAACGUGUAUCCACACGGGAGAGGAAGUGAUAUCGACGAACGCCUUCUCGUCAUCACACGUGCCUCUGGACUUCGCAUUCCUGGCAGUUUUGUAUUGCGCCUUCCACGUGUUGGGUUUUCUUGGUCUCUACAACAGGACGAGAAAGUCCUAACGCGUUUCACUGAAGCUGCGAUUGCAAUGAAAGGAUCCGAGGUAGGAGCAAGCAUUCCUAUGCCCGAGGACAGAAACGUUGUAGCGUGUUUAAUGCAAGUUGUGGAAACAAUGCAGGAAAGAAAUCGUUUUUCGGGAUAGAUGCUGAAAAGUAAUGAAAUGAUGAAAUAAAGAAUAAUGUGAUUCACUGCCUUAUGCUAGAAAAGAUAAGACUAAAAAUUGUACUCUUGUGUGUGGCUGAAAUGUCGUUUUCCGUCGUGACAAACGAAUACUUUUGAGUGAGGAAGGUUAAUACUGUUGCCGCCUUCAGAUUUUGGGUGAAUUUGUGUUUUAUCCAAUUUUAAAUAUGAAUAAUAUAAGCAAUUGAGCUAAGCGUCGUAAAAUCUUAGUUUAUUAAUGUGUGUUCAAGUUUUUCUAUGUUGUCUAACUUCUACAGUCUAAGCGACUUCGAGAUUAAACUUUGGCAUCUGAAGUAUUUUUUCCGGCAGACGGUAUAAUGAAUUCUCGAUUGUUUUGAGUUUUCUUCAUAAUAUUUCACUGGCUACGUGGACUGCAUUUCAACGUUGUAUUGCUUUAAGCUUUCAUAUGACGUCAGUUUCUUGUUGUAUCUGACUAUGAGUUCCAUCUGGCAGCUCAGGUAGAACAGUGAGCUGAAGAGUAAUAAAAGUACACUGCCUUGAAACGAAACGUAUCUAAACAUAUUUCUAUUCUCCUUUACAUGCUUGAAGUUUGUCAAUGUCUGAGUUUUUGUUGACCAAGAAACUUUACCCUUAAA